AUGGAAAAAAUUAGAGAAAAACUUAAUGCAGUUCGUGCUGAAGCCGAUGCAGCGAAUCAGCGUGCAGAAAAUGCUGAAGCCGAGUUGAAAAAAGCCAAAGACGAAUUAAUAAGCAAAGAACAAGAAAUCAUAUCUCUCCAAAAUAAAAUUGCACUUUUGGAAGCAGAAAAUCUUCGUAUAGAGAAAAAAGUCACGGACGAUAAACUUUUACAGGAGGAAGUUGAGACAAAUAAGAGUACUACCGAGGCACUUCAACGAAAAGUCGCUUUACUUGAAAGUGAAUUAGAUAAUACUGAACAGAGUCUACGGGACACAACCGAGAAACUUCGACAAACUGACGUCAAAGCAGAACAUUUUGAGCGGAAAGUUCAACAACUUGAAGCUGAGAAAUCUGAUUUGGAAAAACAAUUAGAAAAUAUUGAAGAAGAACUCGCAAAGACCAAGAAAGAACUUGAUGAUACCUUAAAAUCAUUUGAGGAUAUGUAA